AUGGCAAUGUCUCCUUCUCUUCGAAUUAGAGAGGCCAGUCAUGCCGGUUCAUGGUACACAGAUAAUCCUAAAGUACUAGAUAAGCAAUUAGACCAAUUGUUAGGUGAUCGCCAACAGAAGAUCAAUGGUGCCCGAAUUCUUAUUGGUCCACAUGCAGGUUAUUCCUAUGCUGGACCAACGCUAGCCAAAGCAUAUGGUGCCUUUGAUUCCACUAACAUCAAGAGAGUGUUCAUUAUGGGGCCCUCUCAUCAUGUCUACUUCUCUGGGUGUGUUAUGACCACUGGCUGCGAUAUCUAUAAAACUCCCUUGGGGAAUAUAGAUGUUGAUACUGAUGUCAUUCAACAAUUGGCAGAGAAGCAUCCUAAGAUGUUUAAGGAGAUGUCACUUCAGACCGAUGAGGAUGAACACUGCUUUGAAAUGCACAUGCCAUUUCUAUACAAAGCGACUCGGGACUCCAAGAAUGGCGUGCCCAAGAUCAUUCCCAUCAUGAUUAGUGCCUCAAAUACUAGGUUUGAAAGCGAGUUGGCUGAAUAUUUAAGUCCUUAUUUUGCUGAUAAGGAAAAUGCAUUUAUUAUUACCUCUGACUUCUGCCACUGGGGUGCGCGGUUCGGAUACACUGCUUACACACCAGAUGGUGAAAUUUCGAGCCUAAUAGAUCAUCCAGAUGAUACAUCAGGUGGCCUAAAAAUUUACCAAAGUAUCGAGGCCUUAGAUAAGAAAGCUAUGGAAGUCGCAUCAACUGGUUCCUACAAGAAGUUCAAAGAGUAUUUGGCAGAUACUGACAAUACCAUCUGUGGUGCCAAACCAUUAAGCGUUUUACUUCAUAUCAUGGAGAAAUUUUACAAAGGCUCCAACUCAGGCAAGUUCCAAUGGAAUGGAUAUGCUCAGAGCUCCCAUGUAUUGUCUGCUUUAGAUAGCAGUGUCAGUUACGGUAGUGGUUAUGCUGUGAUUUGA